UAGUUAUGUAGGCGGACAACAUUUCUAAGGUUUUUUCUCUCUCAAUUUCACAGAAAAUUAUUGAUUUUUAAUUAAUUUCUUUCACUUUCAACAACGGCAAGAGGGAUUUUUUAUUUUUUUUUAUCCAAACCAUCAUUCAAAUAAAACCAGAUUUUAGACAAAUGCGAAUACUCGUCCGAAGAUCGGUGAUUUACCUCAUAGUAUUUCUGAUUUCUUGUCUGCUGAUACGUGCAAUUCAACUGAGAAACUCCUCAAAUCAUCUACAAAGCAUAGAAAUUGAAAUAAGUGAGGAUGUGAAGCUGAAUCAAAAACGCUUAAUCGAUCUCAAAGAUGAAUUUCACUACAUCCUGAAGCCAAAUCUCAACUUUUAUGAGGUGAAAACCCGUUUUUUAGGAAUCAUCAUUAUUCACUCCUACGUUGGACAUGAUCAUCUUCGUGCGAAGCACCGGGAAGCGAUUUCAAGCAAAGAACUUCUUGCUUUCGGGCUCAAACGAGUAUUUUUGCUGUCAGAAAUACCACCGAAGGAACGUUACAUGACACAGAGAGCUUUGAACAACGAAGCAAAUCGUUUUCAAGACAUUCUGCAAGGAAAUUUCAUCGAUGCCUACCGAAAUUUGACGUACAAGCACGUCAUGGGACUACGAUUUGCUGUUACCGAGGCCAGAGAUGCUCAGUUCAUCAUCAAAAUGGACGACGACAUCGUUGUGGAUUUCUUCCGGAUCCAUGAGAUGCUGAAAAAUCUCGAUCAAAACGAGCAAGAGUACUUUCUGAAGGGAUUUGUGUUGAGUGACCAACACGUACGUCGAGAAAAACAGAACAAAUGGUAUGUGACACGAGACGAAUUUGCAGCGUCAACGUAUCCUUCAUACUUGUCCGGAUGGUUUUACAUCACAAACAUCAAAACAGCUCAUGAUCUCGCUUUGGCCUCCGAAUCGACGCCGUACUUUUGGAUUGACGACAUUUACGUUACGGGUAUUUUGGCGGAAGAGUUGUCCAUUGAUCGUGAAGCGAUGAACGAACUGAUUUCAUCGAAUUCGGAAUUUAUCGAUUGUUGCCUGAAGGAUAUGACGAACAAGAAAUUGCAAUGCAGCUACUUGAUUGGACCAAAUGGAGGUGAUUCGAAUUUAAUUACGAGUUUUAUGAAGGCGGCGAAAAAAUGUUUUCUCAACGGGUGUCAAGCCAGGGACGAGAGACAUCAUGUGAGGCAUACGUGUGUGGCGCAAGUCAAAAAUUUGUUGGGCGAUCGAGGCGAGCCACAUAUUCAAGCAGUGCGAUUGUGAGAAAAUUAGUCAUCGAAAAAAUUCAUUCCGUCCAGAAAAAAAACUUAUUAGUUGUUUUGAUAAAAAUUAAUUAAAUCUUGAAUUAAAUAAAUAAUUUUUGUAC